AUGCGCUUUGUAAUAAACGGCGCCGACGCCUUCGACGUGCCCGAGACCUGUUUGCGGAAGCGCGCGUCUUCACUAUUGACGGCGGUCACGGCCUGUAGUUCGGGUGACGUGCGCCAGCUCGAUCCUUCCGCGGCUCGUCUAGCCGGCUGGGGCCCGGGCCUGGGCGAGGCCAUUGAACGGUUCUUCGAGGACCCCGACGACUUUUCGUUGCCGCCGAACGUCGAGCUGGCGGCGUUCGGUGGCGUGGCGGACUGGCUACGCUUAGAAUUAGACCUAGGUGCAUUGGCGGCUCUAGCAAAGAGGACCUCUCGUAAUAGGCGAGACUUCGCCUGGGCCCUGCGAGCCAAGACCUUCCUGCGGAGGCGGGAAGCGUUGGGACGGGGCCUGUCGUGCAUGCGUCAACUGAUGUGGUCGGAACCGAACUCGAUGUACGCCUUUGUCUUUUUGCGCUUCACGGACGAUUUGUAUUCAGUGAACGAGAAGUCCGGAAGCCCGUUCCUAGCGGUCGGUGGUGGCGAUCGCGAGAAGUUCGGUUCGUGUGAGGACAACGCGCUCUGGGCGGACGACGGGAGCUGUCGCGACGCGUGCGAUUCUAUACUAGCAAGGUGGGGCCUCGGGACGACCUGGGAGCGGCCCCAUUUGGAGCUGCGCGGCGAGGCGCCUCACACUGUAUUUGGAGACCGCUGGGUCCUGAAAGUCACGGUACCGCAGCCGGCGGCCCCGGAGGUGACGACGCCUGUUUGUCAGAAGCGGAGCGUCUGA